ACAAAACAAAAACAGAUUGAGAAAGAGAAAACAAGCUUUGUAACCUGAAAAUGUCUCAUAUAGCUGUGGAGAGAAACAGAAGAAGGCAGAUGAAUGAGCAUCUCAAAGUCUUGCGCUCCUUAACACCUUGUUUCUAUAUCAAAAGGGGAGACCAAGCAUCAAUAAUAGGAGGUGUGAUUGAAUUUAUCAAAGAGAUGCACCAAGUUCUUCAAUCUUUGGAAUCCAAGAAAAGAAGGAAAAGUCUAAGCCCUAGCCCUGGUCCAAGCCCUAGGCCACUACUGCAGCCAAGCACUCCUCAUCAUCUAAUUGAUCAGCCUCAUCAUUUAAUUGAUCAUCAUAACCCUUUUGGAUUUGAGAGUUGUGUUAAGGAACUAGGAGCUUCGUGCAACUCUCCUGUAGCUGAUGUCGAAGCAAAGAUCUCCGGUUCCAACGUGAUGUUGAAAGUAAUUUCGCGGCGAGUAGCCGGUCAAAUUGCAAAGAUAAUUAGUGUAUUAGAGAGGCUUUCAUUUGAGGUCCUUCAUUUGAAUAUCAGUAGCAUGGAAGACACUGUUUUAUACUCGUUUGUCAUCAAGAUAGGACUUGAAUGCCGGUUGAGUGUGGAGGAAUUGGUGCUUGAAGUUCAACAAUGUAUUCGUUCGGAGACCGUUUAUCAAGAAGAGCUAUAGGUUUCAGGAUCAAAGGGAGUGCAAAUGUUGGAUAUUUGCAGCCGUUCUGUUUUCAUUAAUAUGUGACAUGAUCAACAAGUGUGUGGUUUAUAUCUAAGAAUAUCUUAGACUACUUAGAUAGAUAACCAUCAUCAAAACCUGGUGAUGAAACUUCUAAAGCAGGAUUAACUUUUUUGCAUCAAUAAUCUUAGCCUGCUUUGCAAAAAAACAUCUUCAAUCAUUACUGAAAUUUCCAACUUUUGGUUGACAAGGAUUGGAUUAAUUCUAAUUAAACUCGGGAUUAAUCCAAUCUUGGUCAUCACUUGUAUAACAAUAUAUAUUAUUAUGCAUCAAAUAACAUAGAGUUUUGACAAUGUCAUAUUGGUCUUGAAGAAGAUCAUAAUUUCAUGAAAUCUAGGAAGUAGGUAUGAGAGAAUCAUGAUCAACUCCUUAUUUUAAUGUUUUAAUUUGUAUUAAUAUAUGUUUCAAACUAAUGAAAGACAUUUUAUUGUCCCUAAGCUUUAUCAUAAUCAUGAGCUUAUGCACUUAUAAAAUUAAGGAUAUAGUCGAAUUUCCACACUAGUUUAGAUGAGGACUCGGAAUACUUUUUCAUUAUCAU